AUGGCUGUGUGGGCCAAUGGGAAGGCGGCGGGCGGACACCUCCUCACUGCUCCCCCAAUAGGAGCCCGGCGCGCGGCCCCCGGCCCCGCCCAGCGCCGCCCCUCCCAGUUAGCUCCGCCCCCCCAGCCGAAGAAGAAAAGCAAACGCCAUCGCUCUGCCACAAAAUGGCGGCCGUGCCGCACCCGCCUGCGGCACCGACCCCGCCGCGGCGCGCACCGAGCGGAACGGAGAGGCGACAACGCCAGCCAGGAGCCCGCGGGCCAGCCGGGCACACAGCAGAAGCGCCCCGCAUCGCACACGCUCCGCUUCCCCCGUGCUCCGCUCUGCGAGGAAGCUUUUACGAACCUGGAGCUUUUACGAACCUGGGCUGUGGGUCUCGGUGCAGGCCGAGCCGGACGGCUGCGCUGUGCGGCACGGCAGAUGAUCGGUGAAUCGGACGGGCAGAUACGUCCUCCCCGGGCGACAGACGGCUCCGACUGCUGCGCAACGCCGGCGCUGCGCCGCGAAAUGGAGGCGGCCCCGCGCGUCAGCACCGCCCCGCGCGGCGAUUGGCGGAGGCGGCGGCCACGCCCCUCCCCGGGGAAUCCAGGUGCCUCCCACCCCUCUGCAUCUGUUGCUAGGAGGGUAUCUCCUGGAAGCUCAGAGGCCUUUUAUUCAGGCUAGGCUAAAUUCGUGUUACAAGGCUGGCCUGAUCAUCCUUUGCUCCUCUGGGCUGUGCUGCUGAGAGGACGGAAAAUGAACUCCCUAUCUGGUGAAAAAUGCUCUCCAUGACCCUAGCUCCGCUGUCUGACUGAGAUGGAAGUAUGGACAUAAAGCACGGGCUCUGGCAGGCAGCUUCAUGGAAGAGGAGAAGCGUGACUCGGGCAAAAUACUGAUGGGCUCUGCAUUCAAAGUGACCAAACUGUAUACACAGGGAAAUUUGAAGUGUUCCCGACAGCUGCACUGGGGCUUCAAUCCUAUUUUGGGUUGGGUUGUUGUUUUUUGGUUUUUUUUCCCAAAGCUAUAACAAAAAAGGAAGAAAAAGGAAAUCAAGAAGAGCAUUUAAAAAAAAUCAUUCCCUAUUUAAAGAAAAGACAAUUUUAAGUUGU